UUCCAUGUGUUUUGUUUAUACUUUUCAAUUGCGAAAUUGAAAUAAAAUUUUAACGCUAACGAUAUUGAAUCUCAUCAGAAAAUGUCGUGCUUUCUUUGCUUCAUAUGCCACAGCACAGUUCACAGUGACACAAAUGUUGAAACACGGGAAAAAUACAAAGAAUUGGUUGGAAUGAAGUUAUGUUCAGACUCUCAUCUGUGCCAUGUCUGCUGUCACUUGCUGAGAAAGCUAUGGUUAUUUAAGUCAAUAUGUUUGAGACGGAGUAUGGAGUACCCUGUAUUGUUUAGUGAUCAAGGCACAGUCUAUCUACAAAACAGUCAGAUAGAAACAGUCAUCCUAUGCCCAGACAUAGAAGAAUGUGAACAACAUACAACAACAUCAUACCACUUCACAUCUGACACGGAUCAUACCAACCAAUAUGUAUCUUUAGAAGAUACAGAUAAAAUAGAUAUAACGGAAGAAAAAGAUAAAUAUAUUGAGUCAGACGAUGAUGUUACAGAGUUUAAUGAUUAUGAUCAAGAUAUAGAAAAACAAAAUGAUAUGAAGAUUGAAAAUAAAAAUGAGGCUACAGAAGAAAUUAAACCUAAGGAAGAAUUGAAUAAGAAUGAUGAUUUUUAUAAAAUAAUUUUGAGCAUUGAAGAGCAGAAGGCAGAGUUGGAAGCGAAGAGGAGAGAAGAUAAGUAUUUGGAAGCGGAGUUUAAAUGCUAUAAUUGUGCUAUGGCGUUUUUGUUCAAAGAUACUUAUCAAGCUCAUAUGAUGAGACAUGAAGAGUCAAACGGCGAGCACCUCUGCCCGAUCUGCCUCCUCCGCUUCGCGUCCUCCGCCGUGCUGCGCGCGCACACGCAGACGCACCGCGAGCGCGGCGCGUGCGCGCGUUGCGGCGCCACCGUCGGCGCGCGGCGCCGCAACGCGCAUAGAGCUAAAUGCGUCAAUAACAGUCAAGCUAUAUGCCAUCUGUGCUCUAAGGCUUUUACCGAUGGUAACGGCCUACAGCAGCAUAUCAAGCGCUUCCAUCUCUCAAAAACCAGCAGCAAGACAUACUCCUGUCAUGUGUGCGGCAAGACUUACAAUAACCAAGCGGCCGUACGGACACAUAUGAUUAAGCAUAUAAACAAGAAGUUCCCCUGCCCCACGUGCGGCGCGCGAUUCAGCUCGCCGUACACGCUGGCGGCGCACGGCCGGCGGCACUUCGGCAAGCGACCACGGAGGAGCGCCCCGGCCAUACACCACAUAUGUACUAGAAGUUCCCCUGCCCCACGUGUGGCGCGCGGUUCAGCUCGCCGUACACGCUGGCGGCGCACGGCCGGCGGCACUUCGGCAAGCGACCACGGAGGAGCGCCCCGGCCAUACACCACAUAUGUACAAGAAGUUCCCCUGCCCCACGUGUGGCGCGCGGUUCAGCUCGCCGUACACGCUGGCGGCGCACGGCCGGCGGCACUUCGGCAAGCGACCACUGAGGAGCGCCCCGGCCAUACACCACAUAAGUUCCCCUGCCCCACGUGUGGCGCGCGGUUCAGCUCGCCGUACACGCUGGCGGCGCACGGCCGGCGGCACUUCGGCAAGCGACCACGGAGGAGCGCCCCGGCCAUACACCACAUCCUGCCCUGCCAACUGUGCUCAAAAACCUUCACCACGCAGCGCUCCCUCGCGUCCCAUAUGCAAACUGUGCACUCCACCGACAAGAAAUACUGCUGCAAUCUGUGUGGGGCGAGCUAUACUAGCAAGAAAUCACUGGGCGCUCAUAUACGGAGGCACACGGCGCAGCCUAAGCUGUGCUUGUGUCAUCUCUGUGGGGCUAGCUUCCAGGGUAACAGCAAACUGAACAGACACCUCCGAUCGGUGUGCGAAAAGAAUAAGCUAGAAGAAGAACUAUCGGCUUUCUAUAAUCAAGAAUGAGUAUCAAACUAUACCUACUACCAGGCGUGGCUCACUCCGCGAUUUCGUCGCGUCGCUACAAGUACAUGCGGCCCACACCAAUUUUGAUGUCUAGCAGUAGCAGUUGCCGCGCACCGGUACGGAAC